GGCGGAGUCCGCCAGGAAAACGAAACAAGAGAGAAGGCGGCGCUGGGCCUGAACUUGCUCCGGCCAGAGCAGCGGCAGAGAGCGGGGCCGGAGAGAUCUCAGAGCCAGCACCUGAAGCACAGUUCUAAUCCUGAGCCAGGGCGUAGGCCUCUGUCCAGAUUCAGGAACGCGCUGCCCACCACUUUCAGACUUCCUUGGUGCUUCUGGGACACAGCCAAGUAUCCUUCAGCUUCUGGCCCGUUGAGCUGCCUAUUUCUACUUCCUGGAAAGGCCUUCCUCCAGGUUACUGGAAGGAAAAUGGCCAGUGAUAUAUCAGGUUUCUACAUAGACAAACUUAAUAAGUAUCGACAGAAGCAUCAAGCAACAAUUACGUAUAAAGAACUUCGUACAACAGGACCUCCACAUGACAAGAGGUUUACAUUUCAAGUUAUAAUAAACGGGAAAGAAUUCCCAGAAGCCGAAGGUAAAUCAAAGCAGGACGCAAAAAAUGCUGCUGCCAAAUUAGCUGUCCAUAUGCUUACUAAUGAAAACAAGGCGGAUAGUCAUACAGAUGUUUCCGAAGAAGGUUCAUUCAUUGGGAAUUACAUAGGCCUUGUCAACAGCUUUGCCCAGAGGGAGAGGCUACCUGUAAAUUAUGAACAGUGUGACCCCGACACUCAGUCUCCCGAAAGAUUUAAAUGUAAAUGCAAAAUUGGGCAGACAACGUAUGGUAUUGGUUUGGCUGCUACAAAACAAGAGGCAAAGCAGUUGGCUGCUAAAGAGGCAUAUCAGAAGCUGUCAGAGAAAAGCUCGGUGAAAACUGACAGAGCAUCCUCCGAUUUUAUCACAUUUUCAUCCAGUGCCUUUCCAAGCAGCUUGUCUAUAACAAACAACUCUGCUUCUUGCUCAGCACCUGGAAGUGACUUCUCAGAGAAUGCAUCAGAAACCAGCCUCUCUUCCCAGUCUUAUUUUGUGAAUGGUUUCAGAGGAAAUCAAAGGGAAUCAGAAGUAAAACGUACUAAUGAUUUGCUAAGAAAUACAUGUACCACGGACUACAGGUUUAACAAGGAUUUCAAAAACAUAGAAGAAAUCGGCUCAGGUGGAUUUGGCCAAGUUUUCAAAGCCACACACAAAAUUGACGGAAAGACAUACGCUAUUAAGCGUGUUAGAUAUAACACGGAGAAGGCAGUGCGUGAAGUAACAGCGCUGGCAGCACUCUAUCACGCCAACAUUGUUCAAUACCAUUUUUGUUGGCUGGGAGAGGACUAUGAUCCUGAGCAGAGCGUGGAUAAGGAUGCAAAUCGAUCAAAGACCCAGUGCCUCUUUAUUCAAAUGGAAUUCUGUGAUAAAGGAACCCUGGAACAAUGGAUGGAAGACAGAAGGCAGAGUACAGCAGACAAAGCUUUGGUUUUGGAAUUAUUUGAACAAAUAGUGACAGGGGUGGAUUACAUACAUUCAAAAAGUUUAAUUCAUAGAGAUCUCAAGCCAGGUAAUAUAUUUCUGGUAGAUGAAAAGCACAUUAAGAUUGGAGACUUUGGCCUUGCAACAGCCCUAGAAAAUGAUGGAAAAUCACGAACAAAGGGUACAGGAACUCCUCGAUACAUGAGUCCAGAACAGUUGUCUUCACAGGAAUAUGGAAAAGAAGUGGACAUCUUUGCUUUGGGACUUAUUUUGGCUGAACUUCGUCACAUAUGCUUCACUGUUUCAGAAAAAAUAAAGUUUUUCGAAAGGCUAAGAUGUGGCACCUUUCCUGAUACAUUUGACAGCAAAGAAAAAAGCCUUCUAAUGAUAUUACUCUCGAAGAAGCCCACGGAACGACCCAGUACAUCCGAAAUUCUGAGGACCUUGGCUGAAUGGAAGGACAUCUCGGAAAAGAAAAAGAAACACAUGUUAGGACCUUUAUGGAAAAGUGCCCUGCUCCUGACGUGUGGUUUUCCUUUAACUGCCAAAAAUCUGAGAUGGAGUAUUGGCAAAUACCAUGCUUUUCUUUCCUUAAGUUUUAGCGCUCUUGCACACAGGUUUUUGUUAGGAUGACCCACAAAUGUACUUCCUGGCUGUGAAAAAUGUAUCCCUGUGUUCUCAAUUGGUAAUUGCUGGGCCAGUGGUGCCAGGCAAGCAGUGUGAAUUAGGAAAGAAUGAGUAGUAAGAUGUGAAAAGACAAAAGUUUUGGAAAAUGAGUUCCUUUAAAGGAAAGGUGGGUGAAAGUUGUUACAGAUUAGCACAGUUAAAGAGAAACCAUGUACUUCACAUUGAUGGCAUUAUAGGAACAAGACUACACCGGUGGAAGGCUGCAGCGUGAAAAUCCAUUCCAAGGUCUUUCAUCUCAAAAGCUCAAGCAGGAACACCUAGGAAGUAGUCUUUCUGCUCUAGCUGCACAGGAGCUUAGAGAAGGCCAACAGCCAUAUCCUGAGGUGCUGGUUCACAGUUCAAGGUGGCAGGACCUGGCUUAUCUGUAUAAUGCUGCUUUAGCAGAAAUGCAGGAUAUAAGGGUCAUAGGAUCAGAAGUGCUUGCUCCAUAGUUGCAUUAACAAGCCUGUGAGGACAGUGUGUAAACAGAGUCCUUGAAGAAAGGCUCUGAAAUGCCGUGUGAAACGAUAAAGAUGAAACCUAAGUUUUAAUGGAGCCCCCGGGAUGUUGGAAAUGACAAGAGCAUAGAACGUCUGUUGAAGAAGCAGGGGACACUGACCACAGCCAACCCAAGAGAAAUCCCAAGGACGCUCCGGCAGCCUGGCUGGAGGAAGUCUAUCGGAGCUCACAUAAUGCCAUGGUGUAUUUGGACACUGAGAUGCAGCCUGUGUUUACCUGCUGGGAUUUAGUUUUGCAUUGGUCCAGUUUUUCCUUGUUGUUCUCUCAGACUUACUUUGUAGAAUGGGGGUUUUUACUCUGUGCCUUUGUAAGCUGUAGUAUUUGUGGUAUUUUAUAGGGACUCUCAGCUAAGAGUCCUCCUUUGCUUCUCAAAGCACUCGGACUUCUGAAGGGUGUUGAGUAUCAAGACCAUGGAAAUUUUUGAGGUGGGACUGUAUGCAUUUUGAACACAUUCCAACCACCAUGACAUGAAGCUUCUGCCAAAUCUUUCCUGUCAUGAAGGAUUGAAUCAUCUGAAAUUGAGUCAAACAAAAUAAAUCUCUCCUUUCUUACAUUGCA